GGACGCCGGGCGCAGGCGCAGACAGCGCAAGCCCCGCGCCUCGCGUCGCUGGUCCUAGGCAGCGAGUCGCGCGCGCUAUCCGAAGCCCGCCUGGCGACAGCCCCUCCGCACACACACAUGGAGGGGAGCGCGAGCCCCCCUGAAAAGCACCGCGCCCGUCCCGCGGCUGCCGUGCUGUGCCGGGGCCCGGUAGAACCGCUGGUCUUCCUGGCCAACUUUGCCUUGGUCCUGCAGGGCCCGCUCACCACGCAGUAUCUGUGGCACCGCUUCAGCGCCGACCUCGGCUACAAUGGCACCCGCCAAAGGGGGGGCUGCAGCAACCGCAGCGCGGACCCCACCAUGCAGGAAGUGGAGACCCUUACCUCCCACUGGACCCUCUACAUGAACGUGGGCGGCUUCCUGGUGGGGCUCUUCUCGUCCACCCUGCUGGGAACUUGGAGCGACGGUGUGGGCCGCCGCCCGCUGCUAGUGCUGGCCUCGCUGGGCCUGCUGCUCCAGGCCCUAGUGUCCGUUUUUGUGGUGCAGCUGCAGCUCCACGUCGGCUACCUCGUGCUGGGUCGCAUCCUUUGUGCCCUCCUCGGCGACUUCGGUGGCCUUCUGGCUGCUAGCUUUGCGUCCGUGGCAGAUGUCAGCUCCAGCCGCAGCCGCACCUUCCGGAUGGCCCUGCUGGAAGCCAGCAUCGGGGUGGCUGGGAUGCUGGCAAGCCUCCUUGGGGGCCACUGGCUGCGGGCCCAGGGUUAUGCCAACCCGUUCUGGCUGGCCUUGGCCUUGCUGAUAGCCAUGACUCUCUAUGCAGCUUUCUGCUUUGGUGAGACCUUAAAGGAGCCAAAGUCCACCCGGCUCUUCACGUUCCGUCACCACCGAUCCAUUGUCCAGCUCUAUGUGGCUCCGGCCCCAGAGAAGUCCAGGAAACAUUUAGCCCUCUACUCACUGGCCAUCUUUGUGGUGAUCACUGUGCACUUUGGGGCCCAGGACAUCUUAACCCUGUAUGAACUAAGCACACCGCUCUGCUGGGACUCCAAACUAAUUGGCUAUGGUUCUGCAGCUCAGCAUCUCCCCUACCUCACCAGCCUGCUGGCCCUGAAGCUCCUGCAGUACUGCCUGGCCGAUGCCUGGGUGGCUGAGAUCGGCCUGGCCUUCAACAUCCUGGGGAUGGUGGUCUUUGCCUUUGCCACCAUCACGCCUCUCAUGUUCACAGGAUAUGGGUUGCUCUUCCUGUCAUUAGUCAUCACACCUGUCAUCCGGGCUAAACUCUCCAAGCUGGUGAGAGAGACAGAGCAGGGUGCUCUCUUUUCUGCUGUGGCCUGUGUGAAUAGCCUGGCCAUGCUGACGGCCUCCGGCAUCUUCAACUCACUCUACCCAGCCACUCUGAACUUUAUGAAGGGGUUCCCCUUCCUCCUCGGAGCUGGCCUCCUGCUCAUCCCGGCCAUUCUGAUUGGGAUGCUGGAAAAGGCUGAUCCUCACCCUGAGUUCCAGCAGUUUCCCCAGAGCCCCUGAUCUGCCUGGACCAGAAGACAGAGGGCAAGAGGAGCAACGUGAACACCAAACAACUGGAGAUCUGCAGCUGGGAGCCCAGCCCACAGCAGGACCAGCAGCUCUUGUCUAAGGGCAGUGCUCUCUUUGGACGAGGUAGUCAAGACAGACCAAGGCACCACCCCAUCCACAGCUGACCCAGCCUCUGUCUAGGAUCUAGAAUCAUAACCCACACAAGCCCACUGCAGGAAAGGUGGCAGAGGAGCUAUUUGGGACAGGAGUCAGUUCUCCCCUUCUGCCAUCCAUCACUUAUAACCGCACAGGCCAGAGGAGAGGUCCUGAGAGAGGUGACACCUCAGGGAUCAGAGGCAGCACAAGGGCUGGCAUCUCUCCUUCCAGCCCAAACUGCACAGCCCCAACCAGGUUCCCAACACGUGUAGCAGUCACCAGCCACUCCUUAACAAUGAAUGUGGUACCUGGUUAGUGCCAGCCUUGGGAAGGAGGGAGGGAGGUAAGAGGGGCUUGGUGAUCUCUGGAGGAAGAGUGCUGCCUUCGCUGUGGUUGGGGAAUCGAUCCUUGGCUAUGGCUUACCCACUCCCUGGGCUGAAGAGUGCCAAUCAUUAUAAACCAGCUUCAGCAAACUGAAACAAACCUUCUGGUGCCUUGGGCUUUGGGGCCCUCUGUUUUCCUGUUCCCAGUCUGCCUGCCAUACGUCAGACAACAGAAGCUGCUGGGCUGGGCAGGAGCCCUGAGCUGCCUGGUGGAUUGGUACCAAGUGGGGCCAGCCAGGGCUUCUACUGACUCGCUGUGCAACCUUGAGCAAGCCCCACUAGGAAUGGCUGGAUCAGCAAUGCCCCAAAUUGUUGAAUCGUGGUGAUCACAUUUGGAUGGACAAGUUAGGAAACUUAGCUGAUUCUCUGAGAUACUUCCCACUUCCUCAUACAUUCUACCAUGAGAUGCCUCUCUUCAUGGGCCUGGGGAAAGGAUGAAUGAGUGUGGCUGGACUUUUGACCUUUAAUGUCCCUGAGCAGUUCUUGGCCCUUGGGGAGAAGUGGGGGGAGGAUCUGGCUGACUCAGCCCCAACCGAGGGGUAGCAGCUGCAGCCCAGCCAAGCAGAACACCCUGGCCCUACAGACCUGUGUCUGAGCAGGCUUUGGAGGAAAGGCCUCUUCUGAGUCCUCUGUCUCAGGAGAAGCCAGGCCUAGGUGCUUGACCUGGUGAUCUGAGCUGUGUUUGUCCUAGUAUGGGUGGCAGUCACCUCUGAACACACUGGCCUUGGCUUAGGGGAGGCUUGUGACUUCAGCUGUUCCAGCUGGGGCUGGAUGCUGGACUCUGAUUCCCCCAGAGAGACAGAAGAUCGGGCAGAGGUCAACCAGAAGGCCACAAAGGGCAGUGGACAACAGUGGAGGGUAUACCAAACAGAAAUAAAACGUAGGAAACCUC